AUGCCCAUCGUUACCGUCGACAAGCAGCGCCUCUUUGAGGCAUUAGAAAGAGAGUACACUUCCGAGGAGUUCAAUGAACUCUGCUUCCGUUUCGGUAUCGAACUCGAGGAAGACACCUCGGAAAACGAUCCCUCGGAAAAGGGUGAAGGUGAACGUGCUCAGCUCAAGAUUGAUAUCCCUGCCAACAGAUAUGAUUUGUUGUGCGAAGAAGGUCUUGCACAGGCUUUGCGUGUGUUUGAAGGCAAGUGCAAACCACCAGCGUACAAGCUUGUCAAGCCCGCCAGUGGCAAAUUGGAACAAGUCAUUGUUAAGCCAGAGACCGCUCAAAUCCGUCCUGCUAUUGUCGCCGCUAUUCUUCGCGACAUUACUUUCACUCAAGCAAGCUAUGACAGCUUCAUUGAUCUCCAAGAUAAGCUCCACAACAACAUUUGCCGAAAACGCACGCUUGCUUCGAUGGGUACACAUGAUCUAGAUACUAUUCAAGGUCCCUUCACAUACGAAGCACUGCCACACAAGGAUAUCAAAUUUGUUCCUCUUAACCAGACUGUGGAGUUGGAUGGCGAUUCAUUGAUGGAGUUCUAUGAGAACGACAAGAAUUUGGGUCGCUACCUUCAUAUCAUUCGCGACUCACCUGUCUAUCCUGUCGUAUACGAUGCCAACCGCACUGUCUGCUCGCUUCCUCCUAUCAUCAACUCUGAACACUCAAAGAUCAAAUUGACCACAAAGAACGUCUUUAUCGAAAUCACAGCCACUGACGAGCACAAAGCCACCAUUGUUCUCAACACCUUGGUUGCCAUGUUCUCUCAAUACUGCGCCAAGCCCUUCACUGUCGAACCUGUAGAGAUCGUAUAUCCCGAUGGUGCUGUUAAGCAGAUGCCAAAGAUUGAGUCCUGGCGCGCCACUGCCAAGGUAGACUACAUCAACUCAUGUGCUGCCUUGGACCUGAGCGGUGAUGACAUUUGUCGAUUGUUGGAAAAGAUGAGUUUGGAAGCCGAGAUCAACCCUAGCGACACCAACGAAGUACUUGUGGACGUUCCCCCAACGCGUUGGGACAUUUUGCAUGCAGCCGAUAUCAUGGAAGACGUUUGCAUCUCAUACGGCUACGACAACUUGCCAAAGAAAAUGCCUGGUGUCACCACCUUUGGCUCUGCGUUGCCGGUGAAUAAAUUGGCGGACCAUGCUCGUCGUGAGUUGGCUAUGGCGGGCUUCACUGAAGUUGCACCUCUCAUUCUAUGCUCGCACGACGAAAACUUCAAGUUUUUGAACCGCAAGGAUGAUGGCACGACUGCUAUCAAGUUAGCUAACCCAAAGACGAUUGAAUACCAAGUCGUUCGCACUUCGCUUUUGCCUGGUGUGCUCAAGACUAUCAACAAUAACAAGAAGUUGCCUCUGCCUAUCAAGGUCUUUGAGGUGUCGGAUAUUGGCUUGAAGGAUGAAUCGCGUGAACGUAGAACACGUAAUGAACGCCAUGUGUGCGCUGCUUACAUGUCCAAGACUUCUGGUUUCGAAGUCAUCCAUGGUCUGCUUAACCGCAUGAUGGAAAUGCUCAGCACCAAGCUUAUCUCUAAAACUAGCAAGGAACUGGGUUACUGGAUUGUGGAAUCUGAACACGCCACAUAUUUCCCUGGCCGUUCUGCAGAUAUCCACUUGCGCUAUUUAACCGAGCAGGGCGAACGCAAGGAACUUGUGAUUGGUUCCUUCGGCGUGCUUCACCCUGAGGUCCUCAACAACUUUGAAUUAACUCAUCCCGCCACUGUCCUUGAAUUUAACCUUGAGCCUUUUGUUUAA